AGAAGCGAUCGCGAGAGAAAAAAAAAAAAAAAAGCAACCUCCCAAAAUAAAGAGCAAAGAUUGCAUUAGGAGCGAAGAGCGCUGCAGAAAUAGAUGGCAGCUUCGUGUCAGUGAGUUUGCAUCCCCCUUCCCGGUCCACGCGCUGGAGUGAUUGGAGCCCGGGAAGGGAAUUGUUACUCCCGUGGAGAAGUCCCCUUUUCCUGGCAGCCGUCUGCACUGUACACGCUGGAUGCCUCUCUCCAUCCACCCCACUCACUCUCUCCUCUCUCACCUCCUCUCUCCCUCUCUUCUGCAUUGAUUUUUUUUUUCUUCUUUCCCUUUUUAGUUGACUGAAACAAAACAAAACAAAAGGGCCACUGGAUGUCUGCCUUCUUGGGGGGUGAGCCAGACAGACUGACAAACAAACAGACCCAACUGUGUUCCGGGGAGGGUUUCUCCUCCCGCUUUGCCCGGCAGCAGCAGCAUGGACGUGUUGGCUAGUUAUAGUAUAUUCCAGGAGCUACAACUUGUCCACGACACCGGCUACUUCUCAGCUUUGCCAUCCCUGGAGGAGACCUGGCAGCAGACAUGCCUUGAAUUGGAACGCUACCUGCAGACGGAGCCCAGGAGGAUCUCGGAGACCUUUGGUGAGGACUUGGACUGUUUCCUGCGGGCUUCUCCUCCCCCGUGCAUCGAGGAGAGCUUCCGGCGCUUAGACCCCCUGCUGCUCCCCGUGGAAGCGGCCAUCUGCGAGAAGAACUCGGCCGUGGACAUUUUGCUCUCUCGGGACAAGUUGCUCUCGGAGACCUGCCUCAGUCUCCAGCCAACCAGCUCUUCUCUGGACAGCUACACAGCCGUCAACCAGGCCCAGCUCAACGCAGUGACCUCAUUAACGCCCCCAUCGUCCCCUGAGCUCAGCCGCCAUCUGGUCAAAACCUCACAGACUCUCUCAGCCGUGGAUGGCACAGUGACGUUGAAACUGGUGGCCAAGAAGGCUGCGCUCAGCUCGGUCAAGGUGGGAGGGGUGGCGACGGCGGCAGCAGCCGUGGCGGCAGCUGGGACAGUUAAGAGUGGACAGAGCGACAGUGAACAAGGAGGGGUAGGGGCCGAGGCAUGCCCCGAAAACAAGAAGAGGGUUCACCGCUGUCAGUUUAACGGGUGCCGGAAAGUUUAUACAAAAAGCUCCCACUUAAAGGCCCACCAGAGGACUCACACAGGUAGUGAGAAGCCUUACAAGUGCUCAUGGGAAGGGUGUGAGUGGCGUUUUGCACGAAGCGAUGAGCUCACGAGGCACUACAGGAAACACACAGGUGCAAAGCCCUUUAAAUGCAACCACUGCGACAGGUGUUUUUCCAGGUCGGACCAUCUUGCCCUCCACAUGAAGAGACAUAUCUAAAAAAACCUAAAGGCCAGAGUUGCCACGACGUCGGCCGUUGUCUGAAGGAAACGCCAUGGGGCAGGGGGCUGGACUUCAGGCGGGGCCCCAUUGCCUCGCAGAAGAAAGUUCUCACUUCUACACCUCUGUGUACACACACACACAGUCACACACUUACACACACGCUGUCACGCACAGACCCCCCCACACACUCACUAUCAUGCACUCAGCUAUAUUUAGAAUAUAUACGGCUAUUCUUCAUGCCUUGCCCUAGCCAGACGAUAGAAGAAAACGAAGAAGAAGGAGACCAGAUGAACUCAGCAAGGCAGACUGGCUGCUCCCUUCAGCACGAUUGGAAUUAUUUCCCGCUGUGGCCAAUGGAAAGCAAAGCAAAUGGAGGUGACGUUUCUGCAGGUGGACAGCCAGCCGUAAGAGGGGCUUAUCUCUAACUUGCUUCUCAGUGCAACUUGAUAGGAGAACACAACGUCUUAAAGUUGCAUAUGUGUAGCACUGUUUCUUUUAAAUAGUUGGGGGAAAAUGACCUAGAAAACCAAAUUGCAGUUUGGUAGCCAAAAUUAACUCUUGGUUUAUUUGUCCUUUGUGUGUGAAAAGUCCUACUAUUCCGUGCGUCCGACUUCCUCAAAGAACUGUUGAUCAGUUUUGGUUCUUCUUAGCACCACUGAGAUCUUUCCAGUCGAUACCAACGGCCUUAGCGGCGACAGACUCUGGAAUACACCUUACACCUUUCUGGCCUGCAUUUCUCUAGACUUCACUCUUAAGGGAGGAGUUUUCUUUUUUUACUUUUUGACUCUUGCACACCAUAUGCACUAGGGAUUCUGGAAACUUCUAGCAUGACUGCAAAGUGGCCAAGAGAAUAAAGUCCUUGAUGAUAAAUCACAGUCUAUCCCUUGAGCCUCACCUAUUGCCAGUGCUAGAUUUUUUUCUUUUUAAUCUCUCUGUUUUUGCUAAUGAAAACUUGAAAAGCUUAUUUGGAAGCUUAAAUGUUUUAUCUUUUCUCCAUGGACUAAACCUCACCAGGACUCUCUCUCAGCACCUGGAUGUCCAGCUCUCAAAGCAGCCAAUCAGAUGGGACAUCACAGUUCUCUCAUCCCCUUGAGGCAUCAUGACCUCAGCUCGUAGUGGUCAACCCCGUGCUGUGUGUCAUUGCUGCCCUGUAUCCAGUUUCAGCAUAGAUGUUGCUAGUCUCAAAGGGCAGCUGCAUAUCGAACCUAACUCUGGGUUAUGACCUGACAAAAAGCCAAAAAUAUCACUCUUUCCACGAGUGGGGAAAGUGGAAGAUGCCUCCCAAGUCUAGUGACUUCAAAAACAUCAUCUAUCUUCCUCUCUCAUGCCCACUGAGCUCAUGUUACUCCACUGGUUAAAACACACAAUUCAGAAAUGCCGUUGUGGGAAUGAAGGGUGGACAUUUAAGGAAAGGGUUGAGAUGUUUCUCUAACCGUCUGUGUAAAAGGAGAGACAUAUUUCUAAUUUAUUUUCUGGCUAGGCCCUUCAUGACUUGUGACCUAGAGCACCCAGGAUCAACAGAGGCCUCACGUUUACUCUGCAAACUGACUCCGAAGGGGUUACAUUCCUUACUUUUCACCCCCCACACACAUCCAAUAUCGGUCUCUAUCUACCCGCAUUCUUAGCUAGCUGGCACUGGCCUCAACUCCAAAGACUGCCUUUAGGACCAUUACAUGGCCUAUGCAAGCAAGCGGGGUGGUUAUUAGGACAGAUUGUAUAUUUUGUAUAUUCUGGGACCAUCCCUUCAAGACACGUCUAAAAAAAACAAAAAUGGCACUUGGUCCACACAUGGUUGCUGCUCCUUCCUACCAGCUGGCACCCCCCGCCCUCCUUUGACUGUUUGACUCGGUGACUGUUAAAAUGCCACCCCAUACCUAUUUGGGAUGCAAAACUGAAGUCUUUAAAAGGAAAUAAUAAUAUAAGAAACACAAAUACAUUUAUUACAGCAACCUUCAAGAUCCUUGGCAUUUGGUUUCUCAGCUUUCUGCAACCUUUGGUUUCACUGAAAUGUUGAAUCUACUCAUCUGAGGGUAAAGGAGCCUGCUUGUCACAGAGGUUGUAGCUGCCAAUUGGACACGUGGGGCACUCUGAGGUCCGGCCCUUAACCUUUACUUCCUCCUUUUCCUUUUUUCAAUUUAGACCAAAAAAAAAAACCAACAACAACAAAAAAUAAAUAAAAACCCACAACAAAAUAAUGACAAUUAAAAAACCACCCCAAAACAUACACACACAAAAUCUGCCCAUUUGCCAGAGGCAAUUAUGUAUAUGUUAGUUGAAGGGUAUUUUUUAAAAAAUCAGUUUUAUUCCAAAGAUUUAAAACUAGACAUGACUUAGAAACAAUUUCUGGAGCACUGCUUGCUGACAAUCUCGUAGUUCUCUACUGCAUUUGAGUGCAUUUUGUGGCCAGUCCAUCGGGGCGUGCCAUGGGGUUAUAUUUGAAUGUGUGGUGCACCCUUUCUGGAUGAAGGAUGGGGGGUGGGGGGCUUGAACCUCGGCUGUAUUAAACUGUAGCGCCUCCAGUCAGUGUACUAGAUGAAACUUUAGACGCCCCAGAUUGUGUUGGUUCACUGGUCUCCCUUCCCAUAGUAGCCUCUAGCAGGAAUGUACACACACACACACACUGGUGAUGGCGUUGGCCGUGGCUGCCACCAUUUACAAAUGUUCUUUCCCCAGCGGAAUGUUCUUUCCCCAGCCGGAGCUGUUCUGGCCUCUCGAAAUGCUAUUAUUAAGGGUUUAGAAUAUUUAAUUUUUGAACCGACCAAUGCAAGGCUUUCUUAAAAAGAAAGUUAAAGAAUGCAAAAGAGUAAUCAUUGCUUGUUUGCUCCCUGUUGUCAUCUGCGGUCUGGAAAAGACCUUAUUUGAAUGUGGCGGAACAAAGGCCCUUUGGUCCUCAUCAGUGUCUGAACUGUUCUGGAAUUCCUCUCUCUCUUGUAUCAGUGAGGUCCUUUGUAAUCUGCCCCUGACCUUUCUCAGAGCAGGGGCUGCUGAACCGUGAUGGUCAGGCUUGCUUGCUUGCUUGCUUCAGAGUCAUCUGUUGACUGUGAGAAUUGGCCUGAGAAUUUGGUGGGUGCUAAGGGUAUGGCUUGGAAACUGUUCUCUAGUGGCAUUGACACCUAUGAAUGAUAACCAGUCCUAUCCACGGGAGCGGGGGUACAGCCCCAAUCAUUUGGAAGAGGAUUUGUGAUACAAUGCCCAUCAUCUCCAGAAUGGCAGAGAUGGUUGGUAAAGAGCCUGCUGGAGUGAGUAGGCUUUCCAAGAAAUGGCCUGAGAACGUUUUGCUCCCAAAAGGACAGGUUGUUUAAAACAGUGCUUGAAUGGACAUUUGAAACACAUCAAACUGCUUUCUCACUUCCAUUGUUACCUCCUGACAUUCCAGGAGAUCCCAGAUUGGAAAGGAGAAACGCGGCGUGGUGUUUCCUGUGAUUGUCCCUCGAGCACACUUAAUCCAGGGUUCAGAGUUUGAUGUAGAGAACAGCAGUGUUUCUAAGCCACUGACAAAUUUUGGUAAUUUUCUUUAUUUCAAGUUGUGCUUCUGUCUCCUACCACCCGGCUGUAAGUCAAAGACGUGGAAACCUGAAAUGAUAUGCUGCUCCUAGCUACUGGCCUCCUGCCCCACUAACGGUUAAUCUGCCCAACUUAACGCCUGGUGGUGAUGACUAUUACGUUUGGAUGUUCGGAUUCCAUGACAAAGCUGCAUUUUAUAAAAAGAUCGGAGACCCCAAAAUGAACUUCGUGCUGACCGUUUCCUUCUCUCUAUGUGCUUUCCCUUGCAAAGCCCUUCAAAUCCCCACCUUCUCCCCUCCUGCACCUCUUGUGCCCUUUUUACAUCUUUGAUCGCCUGAUUCUAACAGGGUAAAAAGACAGCCAACCUCACGCAUGAUAGCAGAACUGAUUCCUAUGUUUUAAAAAAUCUUCUUUGAAUCUAGAAGCCAGAGAAGAUUUUUUAAGGACUUUAGUUUGGGAUAAACUUCCAGAUGAGCCAUGUCUAUUUGCAUCAGAGGGGACAUGGGACUUUCAGGGCGACUCACCCAGGGCCCGUGAGCAUUCUGCCCCACUCCUGAAUUCUAUGGCAAAGUAAAAAAAAAAAAAAGGAACUUGAAUGGCAAGAACAAGAAAACCUAGUGAUUAGUUUUAUUGGUUCAAAAUAGUUUCCCCUAUGGAAGGCACUUCGUAAAAGAGAAAAUACUGUGCAAAGUGCUUUUGUCUUCUAUGUUGCAGAAGUUGGUUUUAGGAGAAGGAAGAAGGGAGGGGAAAGUCAGAGAGAUGCAACUUACUUAAUUACAAAAAUCAGGUUCAUUGUUUCUUUUUAAAAAAUCUUAGGAGGGCCAGCACAUCUGGCCACUUUUGCACCCAGAUCUUUGCCAAAGUGAAAAUUCAUUAAGUAGACCUGGUUGCGGAAGUGUUACCUGGCAUCUUCCGGAAGUGACCACCUGCCAAGCGUGGGGUGGGGCAGGAGGAGAAAUUUGCAUUCUGGGUCUGGAUUAAAUUUCGGUAAACAUGGUGAUGUCUCAGUUUGAAAACGAGAGGGCCUGAGUCAGUGCCUCUUUGAUGGCCUGCUUUCCUCAGUGAGAAUCAUUGGGAAUACUUGAGAUGAAACAAAAAUAA